AUGAAGAGUCUCGGCUUUCAGCGCGCUCCUCUUAUUGGCUCACCUCACCGGCAUCCCACCGGUCUCCCACUUAGAGUUGAUCGACACCUCUUUAUCGAAGCUGUCAAAAACAAGCACUCUAUCCGAUCAUCGGGUGAUUGCUCUCUCGGCUGUGGAAUUUGUCAAAAUAAUCGCAAAAUUGGAAACUAG